UCAGCAUAAAAGUCCCGCUGGAGUGUGCAGUGAAGUGGAAGGUGCUUAGACCAGGACCAUGGAGCCCAGUGUCUUGCUCCUCCUCGCUCUCCUUGUGGGCUUCUUACUGCUCCUGGUCAGGGGCCACCCAAAGGCUCGUGGUCACCUUCCACCAGGACCCCGUCCCCUGCCCCUCUUGGGGAACCUCCUUCAGAUGGACAGAGGAGGCCUCCUCAACUCUUUUAUUCAGCUUCAAGAAAAAUAUGGAGAUGUGUUCACAGUGCACCUGGGACCGAGGCCCGUGGUCAUGCUGUGUGGGACAGAGGCCAUAAGGGAGGCUCUGGUGGACCAAGCUGAGGCUUUCUCUGGCCGGGGGACAAUUGCUGUGCUUGAGCCAAUUGUACAAGGAUAUGGUUUGAUCUUUGUCAAUGGCGAACGCUGGAAGACCCUUCGGCGAUUCUUUCUGAUAACCAUGAGGGACUUAGGAAUGGGGAAGAGGAGUGUGGAGGAGCGGAUUCAGGAGGAGGCCCGAUGUGUGGUGGAGGAGCUGCGGAAAUCCCAGGGAGUGCCCCUGGACCCCACAUUCAUUUUCCAGUGCAUCACAGCCAACAUCAUCUGCUUCAUUGUCUUUGGAGAGCGAUUUGACUACAAAGACCCCCAGUUCCUGCGCCUGCUGGACCUGGUCUAUCAGACCAUCUUGCUCAUCAGCUCAUUCUCAGGCCAGGCAUUUGAGCUCUAUUCAGGUUUCCUGAAGUUCUUUCCUGGUACACACAGAAAAAUCUACAAAAACUUGCAGGAAAUCCUUCACUACAUUGGCCACAGCGUGGAGAAGCACCGGACAACCUUGGACCCAAACAAUCCAAGAGACUUCAUCGAUACCUACCUUAUACGCAUGGAGAAGGAGAAGUCCAACCAACACACGGAGUUCCAUCACCAGAACCUCAUGAUCUCCGUGCUGUCUCUCUUCUUUGCUGGCACUGAGACCAGCAGCACCACGCUCCGCUUUGGCUUCCUGCUUCUGCUCAAAUACCCCCAUGUUGCAGAGAAAGUCCAAAAGGAGAUUGAUGAGGUGAUCGGCUCACACCGCCCACCAACCCUUGAUGACCGCGCCAAAAUGCCUUACACUGAGGCUGUCAUUCGCGAGAUCCAGAGAUUUGCAGAUGUUCUCCCAGUUGGAGUGCCCCACAAAGUCACCAAAGACACUUUGUUCCGAGGGUACCUACUCCCAAAGAACACUGAAGUGUACCCCAUCCUGAGUGCAGCUCUCCGUGACCCACAGUACUUUGAACAACCAGAUGCCUUCAAUCCUGACCAAUUUCUGGAUGCCAGUGGGGCUCUGAAGAAAAUUGAAGCUUUUAUGCCCUUCUCUAUAGGAAAGCGCAUUUGUCUUGGCGAAGGCAUUGCCCGCAACGAAUUGUUCCUUUUCUUCACCACCAUCCUCCAGAACUUCUCUGUGUCCAGUCCCGUGGCUCCGAAGGACAUCGACCUCAGGCCCAAGGAGAGUGGCUUUAACAAUGUGGCUCCAACAUACCAGAUCCAGUUCUUGGCCCGCUGACUGGGCUGAGGUGUCCCCAGUCUUGUUAAGAAUGGCCCCUUCUUUCUUCCUCUGUGAGACCUGCUGCCAACCAGGCUGUAGGUCACUACUCAUAUCCUUCAACCUUACUGCAGCUUUUACAAAGCUCUGAGGUGUGUUCUUCUUCCCUGAGAAUGGCACUGGAGAAAUAAAUCACUGUGUGAACUGAGAGACUUCUGGAGGCCACAUCUCAUGCUGAGUCAGUUCCCUAUUGUGCCCAGCAACCACAAUUUCCAUGUAGAGACUUCUGUUGCUCUAAUGAAUGUCGGAGGUCAUGUAAGAGGAGGAGCAGAUAGAAAUUGAAGUUCAAGGUGUCAGAUCACCAGGAGGAAAUAUCCAUGAUGGGUUAGUCUUGCUUUAUGAGAACACAGACUCUGCAAUAUUGUUUGAUUCCACUUUGCUUUUACGUGUUUACUGCUACCAUCUUUCCCAGGUUUCUGGUUUUCCCUGGUGUGAGUAGAUGUGGGGAGAAGCCCCUGCCUGUACAAUACUGUGUUUCUCUCAGAAAACAAUCUGAUCUACUGGGCAAUUUUAUCUGUGGAUUAUCAAGAAGAUGAUUCCUCCCUAAUUGUGCUGUCUAAUUGUUAUAAUGUUAGCUUAUACAGAAUUUUGGUAAUAAAAAUGAGCACAAGGAAGUAA